AUGCAGAUAUUUGUCAAGACAUUAACAGGAAAGACUAUUACUUUGGAGGUCGAGCCCAGUGAUACGAUCGAGAAUGUGAAGGCGAAGAUCCAAGACAAAGAAGGCAUUCCUCCAGACCAACAACGUUUGAUUUUUGCUGGUAAACAGUUGGAAGACGGUCGUACUCUGUCCGAUUACAACAUCCAGAAAGAGUCAACACUGCAUCUGGUUCUCCGUCUGCGUGGUGGUAUGCAAAUCUUCGUGAAGACAUUGACUGGUAAGACGAUCACGUUGGAGGUUGAGCCCAGUGAUACGAUCGAGAAUGUGAAGGCGAAGAUCCAAGACAAAGAAGGCAUUCCUCCAGACCAACAACGUUUGAUUUUUGCUGGUAAACAGUUGGAAGACGGUCGUACUCUGUCCGAUUACAACAUCCAGAAAGAGUCAACACUGCAUCUGGUUCUCCGUCUGCGUGGUGGUAUGCAAAUCUUCGUGAAGACAUUGACUGGUAAGACGAUCACGUUGGAGGUUGAGCCCAGUGAUACGAUCGAGAAUGUGAAGGCGAAGAUCCAAGACAAAGAAGGCAUUCCUCCAGACCAACAACGUUUGAUUUUUGCUGGUAAACAAUUGGAAGACGGUCGUACUCUGUCCGAUUACAACAUCCAGAAAGAGUCAACAUUGCAUCUGGUUCUCCGUCUGCGUGGUGGUAUGCAAAUCUUCGUGAAGACAUUGACUGGUAAGACGAUCACGUUGGAGGUUGAGCCCAGUGAUACGAUCGAGAAUGUGAAGGCGAAGAUCCAAGACAAAGAAGGCAUUCCUCCAGACCAACAACGUUUGAUUUUUGCUGGUAAACAGUUGGAAGAUGGUCGUACUCUGUCCGAUUACAACAUCCAGAAAGAGUCAACAUUGCAUCUGGUUCUCCGUCUGCGUGGUGGUUAUUAA